AUGGAUAGUAAGAGUACAUCUACAUCUGCCGACAUAAGAUACCUCUGGCACCGAUGUACCAUUGGUCUUAGGUUGAAAGAAUGUGCUUACAAUGCCGCUCCACGCGCCGCCCAAACAUAUUUUUCAAAACGUGAUCGACUAGUACUGAAUAUCUCUGGCGGCUGCAAGUCUUUGGCAGACCUUGUCUGCGAAUUUUCGCGGGCGCCCGGUGGCGACAUCUCGCGAGUAAUAACGAACACCGUCGGCCCCUCUAACCCACCUAUAGAGAUUACACCUUUAAAGCACUGA